CAGUAUACCUCGAGUUGGUGGACUCGUCUCGGCUCCGCAGCUGCGCGGUUGGUGUAUUUGAUUACAAAUAGCAGACGAAUCGUCCAUAGAUCGCAACCACAACAAAUGGCAGUACAGGAAAAUAUUUAGCUUCCUCACAACUCAUUUUAUGUGCGUUCAAUGGAAACGUCAGACAAGAUGUCCUCAAUCUUUGCCCGUAUAUUAUUUUUCCCUUCAUUAGCAUACAAUGUAAUGAUGGAAAAGAUAUCAAGCAGACAGUGGUAUAAUCACGUCGACAAUCAUGUAAUUCUGGGAGCUUUGCCUUUACGAUAUAAAACUCGAGAGCUCGUUGAACAAGAAAAAGUUAAUGCAAUUGUUUCCCUUAAUGAAGAUUAUGAAGUUAGAUAUUUAACAAAUCAACCAGAGGAAUGGAAAAAGCUAGGUGUUGAAAAUAUUCGCUUUUCUGUGGUUGAUAUGUUUGAAGCACCUCCUCAAAAAAUGCUCUUAGAGGGUGUGGAAUUCAUGAACAAUACAGUCUCUAAAGGUGGUGUGGUAUAUGUGCACUGUAAAGCAGGUCGUUCAAGAAGUGCUGCUCUAGUUGCCUGUUACUUGAUGAAGAAACAUGGCUGGACUCCAGUACAAGCUAUUUUGCAUCUGAAAUCUGUGAGGCCACAUAUUCUCCUUCCUCCUAAUAAAGUUGAAGCCUUGGAUACUUUCUAUAAAAAUGAAGUUUUGUGCAAUUCAACAUAAUGUGUUUAUUGUGACUAGAUGAAAAGCUGCAUGAUUUAUAAAGCUAUCACCUGUUCAGCUUCUCCCCGCAACGGGCAGUACGAAGAAGAUACAGAAAAAUUUCUGAAUUCCAUGGUCGUAAACGACGGCCGACAAAAUGGCAAAAAGAAUUGUGCAAUCCCU